AUUGACUCAAGACAAGCUUUUCUUCAUUAACUUCUUAUAUUCAUAUCUCUCUUUCUUUCUCAAUCAUCAUGAUGAAACAGUAUUUGUCCAAGGCCACCGAGUUCAUGAAGGCUCCUAUGAGCAAAGGUUGCGCUCUUGGUUCAGCGGCCGCCGUAUAUGUGGCAACGAAGCGUGACCUUCUCAUGGAGUUAGCUACAAAGAAGAAGAUGGAGACCCCUAAGGAAGAAGAAGUUAAGGUGGAGAAGAAGGAGUUGAACGUGGNGUGGCAACGAAGCGUGACCUUCUCAUGGAGUUAG